GGACCCUGCAGGUGCAACUGUGAUUUUUCAGUAAUGUGCAGUGCAGUCGCAUCAGCAGAAGCGGUACGGUAGGCUGCAGCAGCGUCCCCGACGCGCCGCGGCUACCCAUCUUCAAACAUCAGCAAUCUAACGGAUUGGUUUGCAGAGAGCUAAAGUGUCUGUACUCUGAGAAGAAUAACACAGCGCUGCUGAUCACCGUUCGGGCACAACCGAGCGAGCCUGCCGUCAUGGCCUCGUCAGUGAGUGGAACGGAGGAAGUGCGCGGGUCGGCGUUGACGCCCCUGAAGUUGGUGGGCUUGGUGUGCAUCUUCCUCGCGUUGUGCCUGGACGUCGGGUCUGUGUUGAGCCCAGCGUGGGUAACCGCGGAUGAUCAGUAUUACCUGUCUCUUUGGGAGUCGUGCUGGAAGCCUGUUACCUCGGAAACCUGGCAGUGCAGCACCACAUUGGAGACGGACUGGCAGAUCGCCACACUGGCCUUGUUGCUUGGCGGAGCAGCUCUCAUUCUUCUCUCGUUCUUGGUGGCUUUGGUGUCAGUUUGUAUUGGAUCAAGGAGGCGGUUCUACAGACCUGUUGCUGUGAUGCUGUUUGCUGCAGUGGUCUUUCAGGCGUGCAGCUUGGUCCUCUACCCCAUCAAGUUCAUCGAGACCAUCAGCUUGAGAAUAUACCACGAGUUCAACUGGGGCUAUGGCCUCGCCUGGGGUGCCACCAUCUUCUCUUUCGGAGGGGCCAUCCUGUACUGCCUGAAUCCUAAGAACUAUGAAGAUUACUACUAAUCUCGCUUGACGACUCGAAUGCCUUCAGCACACCCCCUGGUGUUCUCCACUAUCUGUGACAAUAGCGGCUCAUGCACUGAACUGUUAGUUUUCUCCCCCUCUUUGCUGAACUGAUGCUGAUUACCUUAUGAACACAUAUGCACGCACCUACACGUAAAGACACACACACAAAGACACGCACAGGAUCACACACAGAAUGCACAGAAAAGUGCUGACUUCACUAAUGUGUGGACUUUGAUGAGGAAGUGAGAGUGUAUUUUCCAGUUUCCCAUUUGCCAGUUCCAAUCAUCAUCUUCAAUCUAUCUUGUUCAUAUCAUCAUUCUAUUAAGUCAUUAUCAUUCUCUAAAUCAAUCAUUCAAUUAAAACGUAUCAUUCCACACAGCUAUCAAACCAAAUCGGUCUAUCAUUUUUCUUCUUUCAUUUCCUGUCACUUUGAAACAUUUCUCUGUUAAAUUUUCAGAUCAACCAUAAAUCAUUCUUAGUACUAAUGACUCAUCUCUUUCUGAUAUGUUGCCAAAUGGACAGAGUAUGCAAUCAAAGAAAGAUAUCGCAUUUCAGUUCUGUGGAUACAGGAUGUUGCUUCAUAGAAAGUGGUAUCAUACAGACACGACCAUACAAGUGGGUUAUGAAUGUGACUGUACAUUACAGUACUGUAGUAGUAGGUUACCAAUGGUAUUAAAUUGUAUGUAAUGAUAUAUACUGUUGUUGUGCCAUCACAACGUGUAAACUUAGGAUGGAAGAUGUUUUAGCAGAGGUUCUCUCUAUAGAGUGAGAGAAUUGAGAGAAUGAAUGACUGGAGAGUGUAGAUGAGACAGGGACAGGGUCCCUACUGCUUUGACACCUGAUGGUGCGGAGGGGAGGGAAGUUCGAGACUGAUGGUGCGAAAGCAUUAUUGAAGUCCUUAAGACCUUUUUAUUGAAACACUUCAGAUAACCCUCACUCUAAAUCACACACACACACACACACCAGGAACAUACAAGCCCAGAGUACCAUUCUGAUGUGUUUACAGUUACAGUUAACAGAUCACUAGUAUAGUUGUUUACAUUCCUGUCAUGCUAAAAAUGCCCAUUCCCCAGGCACGUCCUAUCAGUUUGUGGAGCAGAAACUAAAAGAGACUACUCCACCGCUGCCACUCUUCACAGUAGUGGGGGUGAGGAACUCUAACUGUGUACGACACAAUCAAGUCUGUCUGGCAGUACAGUAGCAUAAUAGUCAGAAACAGUCUGUCGCUGCAGUGCUGCGGCUAGCCUGAAUGACCGUUGUUGAGCAUUGUGAAGUUUUGUCUGGCUAGCAGUGGCCUCCUCCACUGACACUUGUGUUUCAACUCUAACUCAAGAUCAUGCCCUGUUUUAGUCCUUUAAAAAAAAAGAAAAAGGGGUUCUUCAUAGAAAAAUAGGAUUUAGCAAUGUAGAGCAGAGAUCUUGUUGUUUAUAGCCAAGCCUUGGUAAUAGACUAGUUUCUGACCUAUCAAAAAAAGGUAAACUUUUCAUGAAUACCGAUGCAGGUACUGUAGAUGAAGAUGACCAGAAUUUAGAUAAGUGUUGACUUUGAGUGCAUGUGUAUGUAGGUGUGCAAGAGAUGUGUGUGUGUGUGUGUGUGAGUGUGUGUGUGUGUGUGUGUGAGAAUGCUUGUGUGUAUUUGGCUAAAGGCCUCUUCUGCUCUGUGUGUGCAGUCGUGACGUCGGACACUGGUUUCGAUACUAACACAAUAAACAGGUGAACAGAC